AUGGCAAGAAAAUGGCAGACUGUUGCAGCACUAGGAAGAAAGCGUGUAAUGAAUGAAAUCAGCACCUCCGACGUAGUGGCGGAGAAAGGGCAUUUCAUCGUGUGCACGGCCGAUAGAGUGCGAUUCUCAUUCCCGAUAGCUUAUCUCGACAGUAUGAUUUUCCGGGAGCUGUUGAGAAUAUCGGAAGAGGAAUUUGGACUGAUGAGCGACGGACCAAUCAUAUUGGCCUGUGAUGCACAGCUGAUGGUGUAUAUCAGCUCUCUGAUGGAAAGGAAUGCAGCUAAAGAAGUCGAGAAAGCUCUGCUUUUGUCAAUGGCUGCUUUUCGAUGUUCUUCUUCUUACUACUAUUUAGAUCACCACCAAACAACUGCUAAUAAUAAUAAUACACCUAAACUCGUAUUCAUUCUCGGCGAUUCCACAGCAGAUGUUGGCACUAAUAAUCAUUUAAACCUAAGCAAAGCAAUAGCCAAUUUUCCACAUAACGGAAUCGAUUUCCCCAACUCUCAGCCGACUGGGAGGUUCAGUAAUGGCUUCAACAGUGCUGAUUCUCUUGCCAAACUUUUCGGGCUAGAAAAAAGCCCACCUCCGUUUCUGUACCUGCUGACACUCGGAUCCCGUUUCCAAGAUAAUCUCUACAGAGGUGUUAAUUUCGCCUCAGGUGGCGCUGGCCUUCUAGAUAUAACUGGCAAAAACUUAACAGUUGUGCCGUUAUCAGAGCAGAUCGCUCAGUUCCGAUCAGUUCGUAAUAACUUCACAGCCAUGAUAGGUCCAUCUGCAACACGAAAACUCCUCUGCAAGUCUUUAUUCUUCAUCAGCAUCGGAAGUAACGACAUACUCGAUUAUUUUUCAACAAAAAAUCGAAUGCCUCAAGACGAGUAUAUUUCCAUUCUCUUAUCAACAUAUUCCAAGCACAUUACAACACUGUACAGACUUGGAGCAAGAAAAUUUGGAAUCAUAAGCGUGCCACCUGUCGGUUGCUGUCCACGUCAGCGACUUGUCCAAAAGGUCGUUAACGGUAAAGAAGGCUGCUUCAAUCCCAUGAAUGAUUUUGCUCUGGCUUUCCACUCAGCACUCAACACCCUCUUAUCUCAAAUCGACUCACACCUUCCCGAAAUAAUCUACUCCCUCGGAAAUACAUACAAAAUGACAUUCGAUGUCAUAAAAAACCCAAAAUUCUUCCAAUUCGAGAAGGUGGAUUCAGCAUGCUGUGGAUUUGGAUACUUAAACGCUGCGGGCCCUUGUAAUAAAACAGCAACACUUUGUCCUAAACGGGACAAGUAUUUAUUCUGGGACAUGUUCCAUCCAACACAGAAAGCCUCCGAAUUAGCAGCUCUAACACUCUACACCGGUCCUCUAUAUUACGUUUCACCGAUUAAUUUUUCGCAACUCGCAAAGGACAACUAG